AUGGAGAAGGGCGCCGAAGGAUUUUCCACACGUCCCAGAGACUUCGUCUGUUUACUUCUGGCCGCCGUGAUCGCGCAUCGAAUCAGUCUCAUCGUAUAUCGACUUUACCUGUCUCCCCUAGCAAAGUUCCCCGGCCCCAAGAUUGCGGCUGCCACAUCAUGGUACGAGAGUUUCUGGGACCUCUGGAAUGCACAGUUUCCUGAGGUCGUGAAGAAUAUGCAUGAAAAAUAUGGUCCAAUUGUGCGAAUCAAUCCUCGUGAGCUUGUUAUCCAAGACGCCGAUUUCUACAGCCAGCUCUACGUUCCGGGAGGAAAGCGAAGAACACAUACGAUCAUGGGAAUGCGUGCGGGUCUGGGCAUGUCAGACGCGAUCGCGACCACGAGCCAGCACGAGCUGCAUCACAUGCGAAGAAAGGCCGUGGAGGGCUUUUUCUCCAAACAGAGUGUCACACGAAUGGAAUCCAGAAUUCACCACGAGGCAAGGAGGCUUGAUGAAAAAUUGCGACAGUUGAGCGGCAACGGACAGGUCAUCCAUCUUGACCAUGCGUUUUCCUGUGUCACUGGUGAUCUAGCGGCGCAGUUCGCUUGCGGAGAAAGCCCUGAAUUGAUCGAAGAAUUUGAAUUCAACCCCGAAUGGCAUAACUCCCUCAUGGGAAUACUAACAAUGGUCCCAUAUGUGCGCAACUUCCCUUGGAUUAAUAAUGUCAUGAGACUGGUUCCUGUGUGGGUUUUGAAAGCACUGAACCCUGAGCUCGCAGGAUUCAGAAUCUUCCAUCUUUUCAGCGAAGGACGAAUUGAGGCAAUCAAGAGAGAGAUGAACGACCAAAGCAAAGACGACGAGAACACAAAGAGUUCAAUAUUUCAUCACAUCCUCAGGAGCGACUUGCCAGAAGCAGAAAAGGCAACAGACCGCCUGAACAGAGAAGCGUUUGCGCUGUUAGCCGCUGGCACCAUCACCACAGCCGGUACUAUGACGCUGAUCACGUACUUUGUCCUCGAAAAUCCCAACAUUGAGAAGCGGCUGCGGCAAGAUCUCCACCAAGUCACGGCGUGUUACCCAGAGACUGUCCCCCGCUGGGCGGACUUGGAGAAGGUUCCCUUCUUGACUGCAUGUAUCAAAGAAGGCUUACGGUAUGUGUGCAAUUCUCCAGACGAGUUUGACGAGUCUGAAGCUGAAUGA